AUGAAAAUUGCAGAGGAAAAUUCGAUGGCAGAUGGUGAAGCUUUUUCUUCCCCGAUGCGAAUAAAAAGAAAUUUACGUGUUCUGGGUUCGUUUUUUUUUUGUUGCACACACAAUAUCGCUUCGAUGCAGUUUCGUAGCUGCGUUCAUGCACCGAAUUGUAUAGAUGGGGGAUUUUGUUAUGAAGCAAACACCAACACGAUGCACACGAGAAAGCCACACCCUUUAGCAAUCGGCAUUGGUUUAGGAAUCUACAUAAAUGAUGGACAAGAGUAA